CUUCUCUCCCUCCCCUCUGGUUUGAAAGCCAGAACUCCGGGUGGCCGGGGGACUGUCCCGGACGGACGGACGGACGGCCGGCCGCGGGAGGGCUGGGCACUGCCACAGGAACGGAGCGGCCCAACCAGCCGGGGAGGAAGGAGCUUUUAGUAUCCCCCGCCCCGCCCGCCCCACCCCACCCCCAAUCCUGCCUGCAUCUGCCUGGAGUGCCCGGGGGCAGGGCGGCCGAGACUCGCUGGGGAGGGAAAGAAACUGCAGCCGCUCCAAAGUUUCUUUUCCUUUUCUGCCGGGAAAACAAACCGAGAGAAAGAAAGCCCGAGACGGGGACGGAGGUCUCCACCCACUGGAACUGGCCAGCUUGUCCCAAGCCAACCCCCCAGGAAGAAAGGAGCUGGCAGACUAGGCCGCUAAUCCCCCAGUCAGACCUGCUCCAGCUACAUCCGGGAGAGCGGCAUCCCGAGGCCUUCCAAGGCCAUGGCUCCCCCACAAGCCACACCCUCCAGGGCGGCACCUGGCCCCUAAGAGAAGGCCAAGGAACAAGAAAAGGGGACUGACCGCUCCCUUCCCCCAACGCUCCAGGACAGCCCCUGGCCCGGAAAAGCUGAGGUCGGUGGGAGGAAGGGGGUCUUCUCGCCCCUUGACCGUCCAUCGCCCUCCAAGAAAAGGUUAGCAUGGACAUGAGGAGGGUUGAGCAGCCCAAGGCAGCCGGGCCAACCCUCGGCUGGAUGUCCGGCUCCCACAGGAAAAGGAGACCCAUGAAAGCCGAGCUGACCACAGACAUGAUCAGCCCACCCCUGGGAGACUUCCGCCACACCAUGCACGUGGGCCGAGGCGGGGACGUCUUCGGGGACACGUCCUUCCUCAGCAACCACGGCGGGGUGGGCCGGGGCGGCGGGCGCUCCCCCAGAAGCUUCCUGCUCCGGACCCUGCAGCAGGUGCGGCGCGGGGGGCUUCCUUCCCGGGGCUUCAGCUCUUCGGCGGCCUCUCCCGACCCGCCCGCCAUCUCGCCCAUAAUCAAGAACGCUGUGUCCUUGCCCCAGCUCCACCAGGCGGGUUAUGACAGCAUGGUGGUGAGCAAGCUGAGCUUCCGAGACAGCCCCCGGGGAUCCCCUGAUGGGCACCAUGGCUACGGCCUGGAUUCUGGAUUCUGCACCAUCCCCCGCCUUUUGUCCCCCGAAAGGCCCCUGGACAAGGACAGCUCCUUCCCUUCAGAGUCCGACCUGCCUCGCUCCAACUCCCUGCCUCAAUCCGAUUCGGAACCCGAGCUGCUCCGCUCCGAUUCGGAACCCAAACUCCAUCGCUCUGACUCCAUGCUCUCCUUCCGCUUAGACCUGGGUCCCUCCCUCCUCAGCGAGCUCCUCAGCGCCAUGAGCCUGUCCGAGGUGCCUGGGAAAGAGUCGGGGCCGGCCCCGCCGGCAGAGCCUCAGCCCCCGGCCCCAGAGCCCCGACCUCAAGGACACUGCCCCAACGGGGUGUCGGUGUCAAAGGGCCCCACCGGGGAGAAGCCGGCCGAGAAGCUGAGGGCAGCCGUCAGUCUGAACCCAGCCAGGGGACACUGGGUGGGCAGCUGGGGUCCUAGGCCCCACUAUAGCGAGGCCACCGCCCGGCAAGAGCUAGCGGGAGUGCUGCCUCAAAGUCGGGCCUCGUGGGAGAGCCAGGAUGAGGGCCUGGGGGUCUCCCCUUGCUGGACAAGGAGCGGCUCAGAGAGGGAGCCCAGGAGGAUCUCGGUCCCAAGCACAGUCCAGGCAUCCUCAUUCCAGUUCACCGAUGAGGAUGAUGAGGUGAACAUGUGAGGGUGGCCCUCCUGGGUCCAAGUCAUGAGGCCCUCAAGCCCAGCACCUCCAUUGAAGUCCCCCCUUUCCCACCCCACCUCGGAGGGCAGAGGAUUUGGGGUAGAGGGGAGUGAUCUGCUUGAGCCAACAGGACAAGCAGCAAAGCCAGGAGCUGGAAGGAAAUGGAGAGAGGGGGAGGGAUGAGAAAGGAACUGGCAAUGCUUCCAGUAUCCCCCCACUCAUCCCCAGGCCUUGUCCCACUCAUCCUCCCUAAGCCAAACCAGUCAGGGGAGUGGGGGGGCAGCCCCACCCUCCCAACCCAUUCCACUCUCCCCACCCUGACGACGAUGGGGAGCAGGGCAGGCUCCCCCCCCCCCACACCCUCCUCCCUUCAAUGGUCAGAUGAGGCUUCCCAAAUAGGGUCAGCUAGGUGGGUGCUGAAAGAGGAACAGCUGAGAGGGAUUUGUUCUGGGAACCAGCUACCCAGAGUGCCCGACAGCCCGCCCUGAUCCCCGCCAGCCUUGGGCACCAGAUGCCCAGCUGCCCCCCCCUUGCCACACCCACAGCCCAGCUGGGGCCAUACAGUGGAGCCUUUGUGAUGGGGAGGAGGAAGGGGAGGAUAGCACAGGAGCCCAUUGUCUUCACCACCAGCACUUUGCAGGCCAGCCCCGGGGGGUCCAUUCCAGGCUGUGGGAGGGGGCCUCCCUCAUGUCGGUGGGUGCCUCCUGCCUCCCAGCAGGAAUCCCUGCUGGGCACCGGAGUGGGCUCUCUUGCCCCUGGGAUGAUGGACCCUCUCCUGAAUCCCGUCCGACACCGGCACCCCCUCCCAUGUUCUAGAAGCCAUAACCAAAGGUCCCCAUGACCUCAGCCGGGAGGAAUGCCUGCCCUUGGCCUUCUGGACAUCCAGAGAUCUGUCCAGUCUGAUUAAAAAAGUUGGGUUUUUUGUUUUGAUUUUUUUUAUAUGUAUACACAAAUGUCCCUCAAGAUGAUGCCGGAAAACUGUC